UGUCCUUCUUCGUUUGUGUGUUGUUUUUCGUGUGGUCUGUCGACAGUUAUUUAACAUGCUGAAGAGCGCUGAAGUGAGCCAACACAGCAGCUAACGCAGCAAAGAAGAACAGAUCCAGAUUUGAGAAACUGAACUAGCUAAACAACCUUGACCUGAAGUCCUAGAGGCUGGGCCGUCCGAGUUUGUGCACAUAGCCUCUCCCCUCGGCUUGCGGUGGGCAGUGGUAGGAGAACCCUGACUGUGGAAUGCCAGCUGCUUGAGCUCAUUGGACACGAUGGAAGAGGAACUGGGAUGUCCAAACUCCUCCCCCGAAAAACGCUACUUUCCCGAAUCCCUUGAUUCCAGCGAUGGGGAUGAGGAGAGGAUUUUGGCCUGUGAGGACCUGGAACUUAACCCUUUUGAUGGAUUGCCGUAUUCAUCACGUUAUUAUAAACUUCUGAAAGAAAGAGAAGACCUUCCAAUAUGGAAGGAAAAAUACUCCUUUAUGGAGUAUCUGCUUCAAAAUCAAAUCGUGAUUAUUUCAGGAGAUGCUAAAUGUGGCAAGAGCUCUCAGGUUCCUCAGUGGUGUGCUGAAUAUUGCCUUUCCAUCCACUACCAGCACGGGGGCGUGGUAUGCACACAGGUCCACAAGCAGACCGCCGUCCAGCUCGCCCUCCGGGUGGCAGACGAGAUGGAUGUUAACAUUGGUCAUGAAGUUGGCUACGUGAUCCCUUUUGAGAACUGCUGUACCACUGAAACGAUCCUGAGGUAUUGUACUGAUGAUAUGUUGCAGAGAGAAAUGAUGUCCAAUCCUUUCUUGGGUAGCUAUGGGGUCAUCAUCCUAGACGACAUUCACGAAAGGAGCAUUGCAACUGACGUGUUACUUGGACUUCUAAAAGAUGUUUUACUGGCAAGACCAGAACUGAAGCUCAUAAUUAACUCCUCACCUCACCUGAUCAGCAAGCUCAGCUCUUAUUAUGGAAAUGUGCCUCUCAUAGAAGUGAAGCAUAAGCACCCUGUGGAGGUUGUGUACCUUAGCGGGGCUCAGAAGGAGUCUUUUGAGUCUAUUUUACGCCUUAUCUUCGAAAUUCACAACUCGGGUGAGAAGGGGGACGUUGUAGUCUUUCUGGCCUGUGAACAAGAUAUUGAAAAAGCCUAUGAAAUUGUCUGUCAAGAGGGGUCUAACUUAAACCCAGAUCUCGGAGAGCUGGUGGUGGUUCCUUUGUAUCCAAACGAGAAAUGUGCAUUGUUCAAGCCAAGUGAUGAAACAGAAAAAAGAUGCCAAAUUUAUCAGAGAAGAGUGGUGUUAACUGCCAGCUCUGGAGAAUCUUUGAUCUGGAGCAACACGGUCAGAUUUGUUAUUGAUGUGGGUAUGGAGAGAAGAAAGGUGUACAACCCUAGAAUCAGAGCAAACUCACUUGUCACGCAGCCCAUCAGCCAAAGCCAAGCAGAGAUACGCAAGCAGAUUCUCGGUUCAUCUUCCUCAGGAAAACUCUUCUGUCUGUACUCUGAAGAAUUUGCCUCCAAAGACAUGCGGCCACUUAAGCCGGCAGAAAUGCAGGAAGCCAACCUAACCAGCAUGGUGCUUUUUAUGAAGAGAAUAGACAUCGCGGGCUUAGGCCGCUGUGACUUCAUGAACAGACCAGCACCGGAAAGUUUGAUGCAAGCUUUAGAAGACUUAGAUUAUCUGGCAGCGCUAGACAAUGAUGGAAAUCUUUCUGAAUUUGGAAUCAUCAUGUCAGAGUUCCCCCUUGACCCACAACUCUCCAAGUCCAUCUUAGCGUCCUGCGAGUUCGACUGCGUAGAUGAAAUGCUGACAAUCGCUGCCAUGGUAACAGCUCCUGACUGCUUUUCGCAUCUGCCUCGUGGAGCCGAGGAGGCCGCCUUGACUUGCUGGAAGACAUUUUUACACCCUGAAGGAGAUCACUUCACGCUCAUCAACAUUUACAAGGCCUACCAAGACACAGCUCUGAGUUCCACCAGUGACCACUGUGUUGAAAAGUGGUGUCACGAUCACUUCCUCAACUGUUCUGCACUCAGGACGGCAGAUAUCAUCCGAGCUGAGCUCUUGGAAAUUAUCAAGCGAAUAGAGCUUCCCUAUGCAGAACCUGCUUUUGGCUCAAAGGAAAACACUCUGAACAUAAGGAAAGCUCUUCUGUCUGGUUAUUUUAUGCAGAUCGCGCGGGACGUCGACGGCUCAGGCAACUACCUGAUGCUGACGCACAAGCAGGUCGCGCAGCUGCACCCCCGCUGCUGCUAUGCUGUGGCCCGGAAGGUGCCCGAGUGGGUUCUCUUCCACAAGUUCAGCGUGUCUGACAACAACUACAUCCGCAUCGCCUCCGAGGUCUCUCCAGAGCUAUUUAUGCAACUGGCACCACAAUACUAUUUCAGUAAUCUGCCUCCUAGUGAAAGUAAGGACAUCCUACAGCAAGUAAUGGAUCAUCUUUCACCCAUUUCAACAAUGAAAAAGGAACAGACAGUGUGUGAAAAGUGCCCUGAAACUACUGAGCAAAGAUGCACUGUGCAGUGACUCUGCAGAAGCUUCUACACAAAACCUGAUGUGCAAUAAAACCCCCAGAGGGAGCCUGACGGCAGCCCACCGGCGUGACGCGCAGACACCCGGCGGGAAGGAGGGCGCCAUACCCCACACGAGGUGGUCUUGAAAAAUAACACUUUGUAUAUUAUUUAAAAAUUAAAAAUAGAAAUUUUUAUUGAGUUCUUUAAAUUACUACUCCAUGUCUUUCUUCUUAUUGGAAAAGUUUUUAAUCAACCAUUCUUAAUUUGACCAAAAUUUUAAAAAGCAAAGAUAUUUUGCAAAUGUGUCAUGGACACGGUGACAGAACCCUGCUUUUUGUAGAGGACCUUAAUCUGAAUAAAUCCAUGAGUUUUUCAGUAAA